AUUGCAGAAUCUUCGCAGUAUAAAUUGAACAGAAACUGCGCUUGGUGAAAUCGCAGUCGUUGGUCUCAAUCGCGAAGAUGGCGAAAGAAGUAAACGGGUUCAACUUCGAGCAGAGGCAUGGAAAGGAGAGAGUGAGGGUGGCUCGUGUGUGGAAGGAUAAGGAUGGACGACAUUUCAUGGUGGAGUGGAAUGUCAGCAUCAGCCUCCUCUCCGAUUGCAUCUCCGCCUAUGUCCGAGAUGAUAAUUCAGAUAUCGUCGCCACUGACACCAUGAAGAACACGGUAUAUGCAAAGGCAAAGGAAUGCUCUGAACUACUUUCUGUGGAAGACUUUGCUCUUGUACUUGCCAAGUACUUCACAUCAUUUUACAGUCAGGUUACCACUGCUAUUGUGAAGAUUGUGGAAAAACCCUGGGAGCGUGUUUAUGUGGAUGGUCAACCUCAUGAACAUGGUUUCAAACUUGGAUCCGAAAAGCAUACAAGUGAGGCAUUAGUAAAAAAGUCUGGUGCACUACAAUUGACUUCUGGUAUUGAAGGACUGUCUGUGCUGAAGACAACCCAGUCUGGUUUUGAGGGGUUUAUAAGGGACAAGUACACAGCUCUUCCUGAAACACAGGAAAGGAUGCUAGCAACAGAAGUUACAGCACUGUGGAGGUAUUCCUAUGAUUCUGUACAUAGCAUCCCUCGAAAGCCACUUUACUUUACUGAGAAGUAUCAAGGUGUCAAAAAAGUUCUAAUGGACACUUUCUUUGGCCCACCAAAAGAGGGUGUCUACAGCCCCUCUGUUCAAAGCACUCUGUAUCAAAUGGGAAAGGCCAUGCUGGACAGAUUUCCUGACAUAACUUCAAUCCAACUGAAGAUGCCAAAUCUUCAUUUCUUACCUGUCAACCUCUCAAGCAAGGAUAACCAAAUUGUAAAGUUUGAUAAUGAUGUAUAUUUGCCAACGGAUGAGCCACAUGGAUCAAUUCAAGCUAGCUUGAGCCGCAUUUGGUCGAAGAUGUAAAGGCUGAUAAAAGUCCAUCCCUUCCGGCCUCUGAUAAUUGCAGCUUUCACAACUGCGAUUAUGUUGUUUGUAUGUAAAUAGUUCUCAAAUAACCUGUUUCAUGGAAUAAUAAUAAUAAUAUAUGUAAAUGGAAGACUUGCAUGAUGCAUAUCAUGCGGCAUCUGUUGUUGUGUAAUGUGUUUAUGAGAUGGGAUGCUAUGGCUGGACAAGUUUGUUGCAUUUUUAUCCCAUAUUUUAGUAUAAUUGAAUAAGGAUUUGAAUCUGUUA